AUGGGACCGUGCGUGAUCCUGUGUCUUAAGAAGCAUGCCGCCUGGAUCAGACACAACAUCCGCAAGAAGGAGUGUUGCUUCUUUAAAAAAGGUGCCAGAGAGGAUGUGUGCAUGUGUGGCUACGGGAAGAGCCAGCAUGCGGCCGAGGCCAUCAAAGAGGAGGACUUCGACGGCGAGGUGUGGGACGCACACAGACAUGUUCGUGAAGUACCCACAGACGCUUUCGGGGACCUCAGCUUUGGUGGUUUGAGGCAGAUGACGACCAAGUAUGCCCGAGUGUCCGCAGAGACCAGUCCCGAGGUCCUCUACCAGUUACUGACUGAACAGUGGAAGCUGUCUCCCCCCGACCUACUGACCGCUCCAUGAGCUGCCUGCCCGUGUCUCUGUCUCUGCUCGCCACGUUCCAAUCAGCCGUGGCCAUUCCGGGCGCACCAUCCGAAGUGUACACCUUCGGGACGCAGUACUGGUUCCUGGGAUGCUCCUACUUCCUGGGACUGCUCAUCCCAGCUCACGUUUUUAUACCCGUCUUCUACCGACUGCGGCUGUCCAGCGCCUAUGAAGUAAGGCAAAAAAAAGCAACUUAUGGCUAGUUAGAACUGAAUGAAGUAAAAGGUACAUAAUAUAAAUUGUACUUAGUUAAAUAUUGUGGAACUGGGAACUGAUUAUGGGAUGCACUCAAUUGUAAUCUGAUACAUGUUCAAAUGAAAUAAAGCCAUUACCAUUACCAUUACAAUUGAACGCAUCCCAUAAUCAGUUCCCAGUUCCACAUGUCCAAAAGGAGUAGGAAGAAGCAAAGCUUAUUAAAUCCUACCCCUCCAUCUGGUACUUUUACAAUCACUAACUGUUACAUUUGUUCACUUCCCGCUUUCCUAAUAUAGGUUAAGAUUUUUAUUUUUUGUCACGUACCGAAGUACGAGGUGAUUGUACUCGAGUACCCUGUGUAUUGCGAUUUAAUCAGUUUUCGACUUGGCCGUGAUCAAUUAAUUUCUGCAAGGUAGGAUUCCUCAUAAAUAAAUGGAAUAUUUUCAUAAUCGGAGCAUAGGAAGCCAGUUUACCUCGUAGUACAACAACUCGGCAGAAUGUGUCGAAGGUGUGCACAAGGCCUUCAGAAUCAGGAGUGCUGGCACAUGUCAUUUAAAUACUAAUAACAACGGGACUGCUCGUUAAACCAAUCAGAUUUCAGAUUCGCCUCAUAGGGCCAGAGAGCAGGCGAUAGCAUUUUCCGGGUCCUCUGAUUGGUUGAUGUCUGACACGGACUAUGCAGUAUAUUAUUCAUUCAUUCAUUCAUUUUCUACCGCUUAUCCUUAUGUGAGUGUGAAUGGUUGUUUGUCUAUAUGUGCCCUGUGAUUGGCUGGCCACCGGUCCAGGGUGUACCCCGCCUCUUGCCCGAAGACAGCUGGGAUAGGCUCCAGCACCCUGCGACCCUCGUGAGGAAAAGCAAUAGAAAAUGAAUGAAUGAAUGAAAAUCCUCAUGA